GCCGCUGAGAUCCCGGCAAAGGGGGCCACAUUGUCAUCAUCGGCCCAUGCGGCCAGAACAUCUGUUGCUUACGAAGACAGUGAAGAAGAUGUUGACGAUCAAGGCAUGGCGGUAACGACAAAGGCCGACCCAACAUGGACAUUUUUGCAAUCUAGUACACCAGACGACAACGUUAGGGUGCAGCUAGCCAAAUGGAUGAUAGAGGUUGUCGCGCGACGCGACACUUCAAAGGAGAAAUUAAUACCAUCCGUCGCCAUUGUGGCACCAGAUAAGGAGGAAGCCCUCGCUGUUGCAAAGGAAGCUUCGGCUAUGUGGGGAAAAGGUUACACACACAGGCGCAGUGUCUUGGUUGACAUCCCAGCAGUGCACAUUGAUUCUCAAUCGCUACGAACUGAGGAUAUUCUCUACUACAUCCUGUGGGUGCUGGCGUCCGCCAAAUCCGAGCCACAAGAACAAGAUGAUCAGGUCGGCCUCCAUGAGGAGGUGCAUAUUGACUACAUAAAACACUCUAUUCACAUUACAAAAUUGGAUCUGUUUCAGCACAUCGACGACAAUAUCAAUGCAUUGAAGGUUGACAACAAGAUUUCACCAAUCAUGGAAACUAUUGAGAAAAUGAAGCACGGCCAGCUGCAGUUAGACCUCCAACAAAUGAAUGAGAAGCAGCUGGACGUGUUGGAAUCCUGCAAAGAUGAGCCCAUAGGGGUAUUCUUCCGAGCGUUGUGGAUGGUCACGAUCAUCCGGAUGCACACGGUCAGCCCAUCUCUAUUUGAGCCUCGUACCAUACAAAGCCAAGCAAGGAAGUUAACCACACAUUGGCAUGAAGAUAUUAUCAAGGAAACAGCCAAGAAGCUUGAACUGUAUAUGGAAUUGGAAGAAGAAGCAUAUGUAGAAUCGAUUCGUCUCACGGAAACCCAUUAUGAACAAAUCCUGUGGGAGGUGUUUUACCCUGUGAGCCUCCAAGAGUACAGUCAAGCCAGUGCACCUAAAUUCGAUGAUCAAAACAAACAAAUGUUUGGCAAGAAACUACAGGAGUUGCAGGAAAAUAAGUCUGACAAUAAAUUACCUACAACAGAGAUGGAAGAUAAGUCCUUGAAGAAACACGAUACAGCUGAUGGGAAAUCAAUCCCGGACACCCUUAUUGAAGAAACCAAAAUCAAGACUCAACAAGUGCUGAGGAAGAUGAGACAGAAGCUCAAGAUCAAAGAAAUCACCGACAGAAUUAAUGAUUAUUUGAAGAGACAAGGUUGUCAGGAUCAGAUACUGGUUAUCCUCAAACUUGAUGACGACUAUGUAUCUGAAUGGGAGGAGACCAGAAAUGAGUUCAGCUUGUUGGAUGGCAUAGCCGGUGCACUGAUGCUAACAUUUGAGGAAAACAGAGCAGAGGCCAGACAGUAUUGUUGGCCGCGGCGGGAGCCUAUAGACUAUUCUCUUCUCGGCCUCUACCGUGAUACCGCACUCGAGCUUAACAAAAUGGAGAUGACUGAAGAUAGCUGGCAGAUUUUUCUUGACAUCUUGGACAACUGCAAGUCAAAUGAAUUCUGCAUGAAGAUCUUUGUUCAUGCUUUGUAUGCCAACCCCAAGAGGAGCAUUGAGGAACUAUGCGACUUGUGCAAUGCCCUGCAGCAGGUUUCAGAUAACUCAGUGAACAACAUUGAUAAGAAGAUGUUAAAGUUCUCUUAUAGUGACUUGCCUAAGGAUUACAAGUCAUGCUUACUGUACCUAGCGAUUUUCCCUCGACGACAACCCAUCAGGCGGUCAACCUUGAUAGGACGGUGGGUCAUUGAAGGGCUAGUAACCAAGGAAGAUUGGGAAAGUACCGUGCGUCAUGCCAAUCAAUGUUUUGAUGUGCUUGUCACCCGGUGGCUUGUUUAUCCUGCUGAUACUGGUUCUACAGGACAAGUAAAGAGUUGUGUGAUAGGUGAUCAAGUCCAUGGAUUUAUUACCAAGAUCGCCAAAAAACAUGGCAUUUUAGAAAAGCGCCUGUCACAUCACUUGGCUCGCCACUUCUCCAUUUUCAAUCAUCUCCGCCUCCGUAGCUCUGAUAGGAUUGACAAAUUCUUCUCAAAGCUCUUUGAAGAAUCAUCGCGAGUAUCCCUGAUCAAGGUGCUAGAUCUAGAAGGUUGCCAAUGCUUUGGUGGGAAGAACGGAUGCUACCUCAAAGACAUCUGCAAUAAGAUGCUACUGCUCAAGUAUCUGAGCCUAAGGGGAACAAAUGUGACCCAGCUGCCCAGUGAAAUCAACAACCUCCGUGAGCUGGAAGUGUUGGAUAUCCGAGAUACUAGAGUGCCAGCAACUGCAACAGUAAAGGUCCUGCUCCUAAAACUGAAGCGUUUGCUGGCUGGUCGCAUUGUUCUGAACACAGGACAGGUCAGUACUGAAUUAUCGAGUGUCAAUGUUCCUGACAAGGUCGAAAAAAUGUUAAACAUGGAGGUACUGUCCAAUGUCAAGGCACAGAAUAGUCAAGAUUUGAAAGAUAUUGGAAAGUUGUGGCGGCUGAGAAAGCUUGGUGUGGUUAUUGAACACAAGGAGAAACACCUCAGGAAUUUGCUUCGAGCUAUCAGUGAUCUGCAUGAGUGCCUGAUGUCUCUGUCAAUCACCCUUUCCAUAAGCCAAUAUGAACCUUCCCACAAUGAAGAUUUUACACCUGAUGAUCUCAAAUACAUGGUACACCCUCCCAAGCUUCUUGAGAGCCUAAGCAUUACUGGAACUUCACAAAGGGGGCAACUUCUUCGACAGCUGACCAAUGGUAGUGAGGAAUUCAAACUUGCCAAAGUAACUCUAACUAGAACCAAGCUGACGCAAUCUGAUCUGGAGGUCCUCGCGAAGCUUCCCAACAUAGUCUGUCUUAGGCUCCGUGAGAAGGCAUGCAGGGAUAGCAAGCUCACCUUCAGCAAGGAAGAAUUCAAAACUCUCAAGUGCUUUCUUGUUGAGGGCUCCAACAUGACUGACAUCUUGUUUGAAGGUGGGGCCCUUAAGCUGGAGAAGAUCACUUUAUGCUCAACUGAUGGCAUACAAUCUCUUUCUGGGGUCGAAGCCCUUCCAGAACUGAAGGAAGUCGAGUUGAAGAACGGCAAUAAGCUUUCAUUAUUUGAAAAGGCCAAAAACAUAUCCAAGGUGACAUUUCUUUGUACCACUCUCACUGAAGAUGAGGUACAAAUUAUUGCCAAGAUGCCAAGCAUCCGCUGCCUAGUACUCAAGGAGAAUUUGUAUGCUGAAAACAAUCUUACUUUCAAGAAAGACAACUUCCCAUGGCUCAAUCAUCUUAUCAUCGACUUUUCUGUCACCACCAAGAUCAGCUUCGAUGGUGGAACUGCUCCUAAGCUCGAGAAAAUUGUCUGCUCCUUCACCACAAAGCUCCAGAAAAUCGACAGUUCCUUCACCAAGGAAACGGUGGGUACUCUCAACAUCUCCGGUAUUGACAACCUUCCAAAACUGAAGGAGCUCGAGUUCAAUGGUGAUUUUGUCCCCUGUGAGAUGGAUGAAGCAGUGAAGAAACACAAGAACAAACCCAAGCUUAUACACAACAAACCAGAAAAACAAUACCAAGAAGCGGGAAACAUAGCAGAAAAGAAAGAUGCUCGAAGAUUCCCAUUAUUCUGGAAGAAAGAGGAUUGAGGAACGCUUCCUGUCAUCCAUUCAUCAUCUACUCCCAACCCAUGGUGUGGUUUGUGUGCGCUCUUUGGUUUGUCAUUGUAUGUUUCCUCUGUCCACUGCGCAUGCGUGGGCAUGUAUAUUGUACUCCCUCAGUGAAGAAAUAUCAGAGCGUUUAGAUCACUACUUUACUGAUCUAAACACCCUUAUAUUCCUUUACAGACGGAGUACAUCUAUGUAUCUGGAUUGAAAGUGUAUGUACCUGCUACUUAUUCUACGUGUGUGUGUUCUGUAACUAAAGAUUGAGCCUACGUAAUGGUGUGUACAUGUGUGCCUUGUAAUUCUGUAACUAAGAUUGGGCAUAUGUAAAGGUGUGAGGUGUGUACAUGUGUGCCCUGUGACUAAGAAUAAGCAUAUGUAAUGGUGUGUUGUUUGUGCUCAA